AUGUCGAACAAGAAGGAGUGCGACCACCACAAGGGGAAGAAGAAGAGGAUCUUCCGGCAAGUGUUCUGGUGCAUAGCGGUGUUCCUCUUCAUCGUGUUGGUCACUAUUCUUCUCAUAUGGGCAAUCCUUAGACCUACCAAACCCACCUUCACUCUCCAAGACGUCACCGUUUACGCCUUCAACGCCACCGUCGCCAACUUCUUGACAUCCAAUUUCCAAGUCACGCUCAUCUCACGGAACCCCAACGACAACAUCGGAGUCUACUACGACCGCCUCGAAACCUACGUCACUUACCGGAGCCAGCAGGUGACCUACCGCACCGCCAUCCCUCCCACCUACCAGGGCCACAAAGAUGUCAAUGUUUGGUCGCCGUUUGUCUACGGCACCAACGUCCCCGUCGCCCCCUUCAACUUCGUCGGCCUCAGCGAGGACCAGGCUAACGGUAACGUCCUCAUCACCAUCAAAGCCGACGGCAGAGUCCGCUGGAAGGUCGGCACCUUCAUCUCCGGCCGCUACCACAUCUACAUCCGCUGCCCCGCCUUCAUCUCCUUCGGCUCCCGCAGCAACGGCAUCGUCGUCGGCGAAAACGCCAUGAAGUUCCAGAUCAUCCAACGUUGCUCCGUCAGUGUUUAA